GCUGCACUAACAUCUGAGACCAAGUCUAUCAAGACAAAAGAAAAAAACCGGAAUGUGCUCAGGGCGGUUUGUGCAUCCGCACGCAAUGUAGAGGCAGAGUUACCCCGACGAGACUCCCAUAGGAUCUCUCUGUAGACACACCUAUCUAUCCACACAACAUAAUUUACAGUCUUUGGCACUUCGACUCGGUCCGCGAUUAACUCGUCAAUUUACAACGGAUACAUUCAUCAUUAUAUGGGAAAAAUGAUGAUGAAUGUUUGGAUCAUCCUUGUAGCUGCAAGUUCUGCAGUUACAGUCUCUGCAGUUACCACAUAUCAGAAACGCCUAAGCCACGGUGAUUAUUUGUCUCUGGAUCUUCCUGAACGGACAGCUAGGUUGGAGUUCGUUUCUGCCGAUGAGCAAUACCAUGAAACUAUCUGGCAAAGUGGAACUUUUUCCACCGGUAGAGCCUCGAGAGGUGUCGUGUCCUCCGUCAAUAAUGGCUAUACCUUUAGAAUCAAUCAUGUUACGUUUGAGGACCAGGGGACAUACACCCUUCGCAAUGCAUUUACUGGUACUACUAACGCAAUCUCCAUCUAUGUAGUGAGAGUCGAAACCAGAAGAAGAAUCAUUGAACGUGUCCCAGGUGAAACCCUCACCAUACCUUUGGAUGGAAUCAAGAUGGUUGAUGCCAAUCUUCGCUUUUACAGCAAUUAUUCAACUAUCAAUCUGGUGGAGCAUGGAGUCCCUGUGGGUAAAGAAAACGCGGACUACAUCGGUCGGCUAAGAAAUUACUAUGAUAGUAUUCAGGUGCUUAAUGUCAAUGUGUCAGAUCUGGGCAGAUACGAACUUAGAGAUCAGAAAGGUCGACCUGUGUCAAACACUACAAUGAUAUUAGUGGAUCGACACAGUAAUUUUACCCCAAAUAAAGGCCUUUUAGCUCUGCUUCUUCUCGGGAUUCCUGGCGGCAUCUGCUUCUGCUGCAGGAAGAAAGUCUGCAAAUGUUGUUAUAAGGAUAAAUCAGAGGCGGCGAGUCCCCCGGCUGAGUCUAUACCAAUCUGCCAUCCAGUGACUGAUCCAGCACAGGGUAAUGUGGCUGGUAAUCCCACUAAUCCAGGCCAAAGUCCGAAUUAUUAUCCUCCUCCAAAUCAAGGUCCGAAUCAAUAUCCUCCUCCAAACCAAGGUCCGAAUCAAUAUCCUCCUCCAAACCAAGGUCAGAAUCAGUAUCCUGCUCAGCCACAAUGGAACGGACAGCCUGGUGUUCCUCCUAACCCUGGCUUCAGUGCUGAGUAUCCACCACAGAACCCUCUUUAUCCUCCUGUACCUGGAGUUUCCCCAGCUCAGCCGCCCCAGUGGAGUGGUCCUCCCAACCAGUACAACGCACCUGCAACUGUGAAUUACAAUCCAAUGGUGAACAGCGCUCCACCUGGUGCCACGUCCCCAUUGCUAAACGCUCAACCUGAGUCUGCUGGACUCAGAGCUAACAUGGAUAUCCUGAAUUCCUCUGGCUCCGCUGAUGUCCAGUUCAGCAUUGACAAUGCAAGGUCUCCUACCAACAAUUUCCUGUAGUUCCCUUGACUACUUGCAGUGUCCGUGUAAAAGCCUGACUUGAAAAGGAAACAAAUCUUCCAGCUGUGGACAAGAUUCAUGCAAAACCCAAGCCUUUAAUCAAUUUAGACUACUGUUUUAUUUAACAUUAGUGCAGAUGCACCGAUAUAGUCGGUAAUGGUCGAUGAGCAAUUUUCUAUCAGCAGAUAUUUAAAAACAGCCGAUAGUCAUGGGCGAAAUAUUGUGUUAAUCAAAAGAGAACAAGAAAAUAAAAUGAAAAUGUAAAAAAAACCCAUCACUAGUCUAGUUUAAUGUUCACUAUUAUAUUAUUCAAUAUUAUACGAAUGAAUAACGUUUAGAAAAUGUAAUCUUUAGAAUUUAGUUAGAAUGCAAGUUUAUAUAACCACCAAUCAUUCGGUAUCGGCAGUGGAAAUUUUUAUAUAUCGGUGCAUCUCUAAACAUUAGUUAUGCAGAUUACUAAAAAUAGGUCAGUAUUGGUUAUCACUGUAAAGAGCAAUGUUAAGUGAUUGUGUCAUAGCUAAAAAAUACUACCUCGGCAAUAAUGAAAAAGGUCUUUGGCAUAGGGAUUCAUCAACACUGUGACUACAAGGCUCAUUAUACUUCUGCGUAGGGCCUACCCGUGGCCUCGACGCCGUACGCGUUGGUUUUCAUUCAUACUUAUGCGUCAUUGUUCGUGUCAAUGUAGGCAGUAUCCACGCGUGUAACCCACAAUAGCCGAAGAAGUAACUUCCCCAGUAAAAUGAAGAAGGAGCUUGUGAAUGUUAUUUGAGAAGACCAGCAGUGAUUGAGGUAAAUAACAUUGUUGCGGUUUGAAUUAAAUAUCAUAUCUCAACUUUGUCCAUCUUUGGUUUUACUGUCGUAAGCGAAAUUCCAGUUGAGGAUCUUUUUGACCUGAUCAUGGGAGGGGUUCUAGCAGACCAAUCGCAGCACUUGCAGUCCGCCAAGCAUUGAUGUGCUGUUACAUUUUGGGAGAGAUGCAUGUCAGGCUAUGCCGGAGGCUACUGUGUAGGGUUCGGGUCUCUGCAUAGGCUACAAUCGACGCAGAAGUAUAAAGCCCCCUUUAGACCUGCAAAAUGUUUUUGCUGUAGGCAAGAUACCAAUUUAGAGGACCGAUAGCUUUUCUAUCUGAAGAAUGAAUGGGCCUUAAAUCUUUAUAACAAUCACAUACUCUUUCUCAGGAUUUAUCUACAUUAGAAGCAAGAUGUUUGUUUACUUAAGACUUUUGCAUAAACCAAGGGUGCCCAAGCUCAGUCCUGGAGGGUCGGUGUCCUGCAGAAUUGAAUCAAACAGCUAAUUAAAGUCCUAAUAGACCCUUUUACUGUUUGUACACAGUGAUGACGUAGAAACGUAUGCGCGCGCAUUUUGGCAACGGAAGUAUGGCAAGAAUCAGCAGUGAAGCAACACAGAGAAAGUUAUUUUAAAAAGUUGACUUUAUCAACUUUUUCAACACAGCUACCACAUCUGUGUACUAUAGUGGAGUGGAUAAAAGGCGUUAGCAGAUGGCCAAAUAUAAAGUGGCCAGAUACAUAUAUAAGUAUAUAAGUAUAUUAUAUUAGUGCAACCAAACGCAACAACCAGACAUUUUGAUGCUGGGAAACCAUUUUGAUAAAUUUCUGAGUUGCUAACACAUUGAACCAUGAACCACUGGGGAACAACACCACUUCCGUUGCAGGCUAUUUGAUCACGCAAGGGUGUAAAAGGGUAUAAGCAUGCUAAAAAACUGUGCUGAGGCAAAUUGAUGCUAAACUUUGCAGGACACCUGCCCUCCAGGACCAAGUUUGGGCACCCCUGGCAUAGACAGACUGUUUGCUUUUUUCAAUCUUCCUAAAACUUUGUAGAUUCUGCUACCACCAUGCAACAGCUUUCAAAGAUGUCAAAGGUUUUUCUUAUCCUACCUCUCUGUAACUCUCUGCUUGUGCGGUCAUAAUAGUUAUGAAAUGACAUGGUUGCGUGACAAUUGCCUACCAUGUGGUUAAAAGUGUGAGCCAGCUUUGUGCCACAGUUCAGGAAGUUAGAUAAAAUCUGUGGCUUGUAUUCUAUAUAGUUUAUACAUAACCCAGUUUACAGUUACUGCAUGUAAUGUUAUAUAUUUGCCUACUGUUUAAGAGAAACGAAAAUAAAAACAUUCUGCCAAUGUAGUUGAAUUUGCUUGAGGCACUUUUACAGUGCUGCUGUACCUUCUAUUGUAGUGAAAAUGACAUAACCUUGAAUCUAAAUGUCAUUAAUCUGUUAACAAGUAAUAACAUGUUUGUACAUAGUUUGUGUAUAACCUGCAUAUUGAUGCCUUACUAACACCAAAUAUUAACUGGCCUACCCUUGAGCUUACGUAACCUAUUAGCUGUGACACUGCCCAAACAGCCAACGCUUACAAUUUUCUGUAUUUUUUUAUAUCGUUCAUGUAUAUAUUAAAUGUUUAGGUUUUUUAUUUUGCCGGUGGUGGCUAGUGGGAGGUGCUGUUAUUCUUUUCCUUCUGAUAUGUUCGACUAUGGCAGUGGUUCUCAAACUGGGGGGCGGGAGCAAUUUCAUAAAAUACGAAUUAAUACGUCAUUAAACGUCAGACAAUAAAAGCUAGCGUUACAUUGUAUCGUUCAAUGUUUUAUUUCAUUCAAGAUCUAAAUUUAAAGCAACACUAUGUAGUUUCCAUGUAAAAAUGACUUACAGCUCCCCCAUGUGGUUGAAAAGCGCAACAGUGCCUUGUAUCAGAUACUCUUCUGCAGGCAGGGGGAGGGGCGGGGCUGUGUGCUCUACCCUCCACCGCCACUUUCAGAGUGUGCUUGUAGCAGCUAGGAGGCUGCUCAGGUUGCAGCAACAUUACAAUUUGUCCAGUUAAAAGUUGUUCUAUCACUGAAAUAAUUUUAGAGACAUUAUUUAAAGGUAAAAAACUACAUAGUGUUGCUUUAAGAUUGUUUUGUCAUAAAUUUUCCUUUGGGGGAACGCCAAAAGAUGCACCCUACACAAAGGGGGCGGACGCCAAAAAGUUUGAGAACCACUGGCCUAUGGAAUGUACUAAACAUUUGCAGUUCAUUUUGGUACACUUAAGACUGUAAUAGGAAGAAUGACAAUAAAAAAGUAUGUUAGACUGA